AUGGCGCCAGCAGCAGCAACUAUUAUCAGCUGCAAUGUUGCCGAUGACGUUAGAAACGUGUUACGAGCUGCAGCCCCAGCUGAGCUCGAAGCUAUUGGAAUUGAAGAGAGCGCUCUCCACGGCAACGGCAACGGCAACGGCGACGGCGACGGCGACGCUAGUCAGUUAACGUUAGGUGCAGUGACCGAAACAGUUGGCGUCUGUGCGCCACAGCACACGGUCAAGAUACAGAUAGCCAACGGUCAGAGCUCGUAUUCAAGUCAAAGCCAGCCCAGGCUCGGCAAACAGAUAAGCGUGGUAAAACUGAACGAUAGCCAAAGCGACAGCGACAUGCUGCAGCAGCAACAGCAUUCGCAAACGGAGGCACAGCCACCCACAGCGCCCUAUCAGCUAUGCUAUUUGGUGUCCAGUGGCCAGUACUCGCCCUGCGAGACUCUAGAUAGCGGCACUGGCAGCGAUCUGGAGCAUCAAGUCGCCCAGCAGCAACAGCAACAGCACGGCGUGCCCAAGCUGGAGCUGCAUCUGAAGACGACGCGUAUCCGAGUUAAUACUCCGAGCGGGCAAUCCGGAACGCACUCGCGCGCUUACAGCUUGACGGACAGCGAGGAGUGUGACGAGAGUAGCUCCUCGCUGAGCUGUGAUUCGCUGCAUUCCAAUGAGGCGGCGCCGAUACUUAAAUUAGGCGCCCUUUUGCCCAAUUCGCUGCUGCGCGAUAUACGCGACAGAGAGGUGGCCAGGGAGGGGCAGAUGGAACAGUCUUCGACGGCGACCAAAAUCGAUGGACGUCCUCUGCAAUAUGAGGCAGAUCAAUAUUACAAUUUUCAUGUGAACGAGCAUGCAAAUUAUCGUAGUUUCGGUCCGGAGAGCUGCAGUCGUAUGUCGCCGGAAUACGAGGCGUACAGUUUGCCAGGCGAAGCCGAGGAGCAGGAUGAGGACGCUUUUGCCGGCUACAAGGACGUGCGCCGCUCCUCACAAACAUCCACAAUACGCUCCUCCAAGGGCACCGUGCGCGGCGUCAAGAAUCGUGUGCGCAAUGGAGUAGCCACCUUCUUGCAGUUGCAGCAGCCGAAUGUCAAGAACUACAUGGAGAAGGAUCUGGGCAAGGUAGUACUGUACACAACCAGCAUGGGCAUCAUACGGGAUACGUAUGCCAAGUGCGCUAAUGUCAAGCAGAUAUUGCGUACACUGCUCGUCAAGUUUGAGGAACGGGAUGUAUUCAUGAGCAUCGAGUAUCAGCAGGAGAUGCGGGAUCGCAUGCACCAUGAAACGAUACGGGUGCCGCAGCUAUUCGUUGAGGGCCAGCACAUUGGCGAUGCCGACACGGUGGAGCGUCUGAACGAGAGCGGCGAGCUGCGUCAACUACUGCGACCUUAUAAGUCGCUGGCAACGGCGUACACCUGCCAGACCUGCGGAGGCUAUCGAUUGCUGCCCUGCCCCUCGUGCAAUGGCUCCAAGAAGUCGGUCCAUCGUAACCACUUUACCGCCGAAUUCGUGGCCCUCAAGUGCAUGAACUGCGAUGAGGUUGGCCUGGUCAAGUGCCCGACAUGCUAGAGUCCCCCUCUCCAUUUUCCCAUUUUCCCCCCCAACUGGCCGCCGAAGCUGAUUAAAUCUGAUUUAUUCACUCGCGUACCAUUUUGUUUCGUUUCUAGUAAUAAUGCGUAUUUA